CCCACAACCACCAAGUGAAACACUUCCCCAGAAACUCAUAAUCCAAUUGCACGCGUAACUCCCUCUGUGGACUAAAAGGUGCUGCAGUGAAUCAUUGCCAGUUGUUCAAAUGAAUCGGCGCGCUGCGGUAUGUGAAGAAAUUGCUAUUGUUCCUCGACCAACACAAUAGAGGGGAGAUGAGGGCAGUGAAUCACUGUCUCUCCACCGAAUUCCCAACUAUAUAAGACCUCUCUCUUCCUCUUCUGACUUUCCCUCCUCCUUCAUCAUCAACUUCCACUCCUUCGAGCAACACCAAAGCCUCCAAGCACAUUACAUUCCGUCAACACACAACACACACACUCUUCAACAUGUUCUCCAAGCUCUUCCUCCUCGCUCUCCCCCUCGUCCUCGCAGCCCCAGCGGUCAAGCGCACAGAGGGCGACAUCACCUUCUACACACCCGGCAAGGGCGCCUGCGCCGGAACCCAUGGCGUCGACGACAUGGUCGCUGCCGUUGGUGCCAAUCUCUACGACUCCAGCGAUGUCUGCGGCAAGACCAUCACCCUCCAAGGCGAUGCUGGUACCGUGACCCUUACUGUCGUCGAGUAACUUCUCCCCUCACCAACUUUGCUUGCAUCAUGAACCCUGCUAAUGCAUAUGGUACAGCCGCUGCGAGGCCUGCAAGGACACCGACCUCGACGUCUCCCCUGCUGCCUUUGAGCAGGCUAUCGGACCUAAGGACAUUGGACGCGGCAAGGGAACUUGGACUUUCGUCUAAGCGCCAACAUUCUUUUCAUGAGACCACGACUUUUUUGGGACGACUUAACGACUUUCUCUUCUCGUACACAGAUUUUACGACAGCCGAACAUAUGGGAGACAUUUUGAUGGAGGCACGAAUGAUGAAUCUUUGCUCCUCAUGACAUGUGAUA